UUUGCUUCUUGACGAUAUUUUGCUGCACCCGCCGUCGGUGCCAUGAAACCGGCUAAGAGAAGCUGGUAUAGGCAGACCGAUUGAGCAGGCCUAGCUAUACGGUGCUGCUCGUAUGAAGGUAGAGCUUGCCAGCUGAAGAACCCCGCUUUUCGAUUUCGCCUACCUCCCUGCGUUCCCGGCUGACCGCGGGUCGUCGGUUUGGUCGUUUGGCUUUGCGUUGUCGGCCUGCUUCUACUUCUUGACUGGCUGCUAGUUGCUAUUAUUCCAGUUGUUGUUGUUGUUGCUGCACUGCUUCAGUUCGCUCGCGGAGGCCUCUCGGCUGGCGAUGUGCGGAACUUUGCUUGGCUGUUGUCUGUAAGAGUGUGUGCGUUACCGGAGUACCGCUCUGAAUCUGUUGCUUGAUGUAAACAUCACUGCCGGACGAAGACAUAACAGGAGUUGCAGUCGCAGGGAUACAGUCGAUUCGAGGUCUGCUGGUAGCGACAGGCUACUGCGGUGAAGAGCUGCGAUUCCUGCUAGGAAGAACAGUUGCAGUCAGAGAAGCGGCAGCUACAGAUUCAGUAAUCCAGUUCUAAUGCGACAGCCUCUCGACGGCAAUACGGAACAUUCUGCUCCGACUGGUGAAAGCUGGGUGUAUGGCGCAUGUAGGUGCGUGUGGUGGAUAAAUAGAUGUACGGCAAUAGAAAGUGAAUGUGUAUGAGCUUCGAGACCGAAGUCGGAGAUAGCACAUCAUGAGGCCGACGAGAUCAUCAAACAGUGCCAAGGCUAAACGGACGGGUUAAAACAGAACACCCCGUGAAAGCCACUUAAGAAUUGUUUAUUGUAACAGUCUUGCAAAAGCCCUACUUCUUACCAUGUACGCUUGAUUAAUUAAGAGAAAAACAACGAGAAUAGUGCACACUGCUAUUGGGAGUAAACGAUAGAAACAUCCAUUUGAUUUCCUACAUCCAGUUUUACUGCCGUUAAUCACUUACCGUUCGUGUUCCCACAGUUUCCAGCUUCAAUGCACGCAUAGAGCUAGUCUGAUUAGGAAAAAAGGAACCGAAGACCACGCCAAGUAUCCAAACGGUCAACGAGCAUUUAUUAAAUCGCGUGUGAGUUACCCCGUGUGUGUAUUUGUACUAUGCAAUUUUCAAAUGUGAAAUUUGUACGUGGAGAACUCUGUAUGAGCAGAACCACUAAUUUCGUGCGUUAUACAUAGAUAUAGUAAGUUCGGCAGCAAAUGAUAGGCCGUCGUCAUUUGUGACGACACAGCGAUGAAGAUUUCGCCUAUUUGUGUCGCUUCGCCGUAGUGUUUGCGUGUAUGCGUUUGUGUGUAUGUGAGGUGUAAAAUAACUCUACUGACUACGUUGACGAUAUUUACGAUACUUGCUCAUGACAAUGUUAAAUUCACCUUCACACGGACCUCGUCGGGUUCCGCCACCUUACUCUGGGCAUGGACCGCUUGACCAAAUUUCCGGGUCGAUUGGGAAUAACAACGGGAGCUCGCCACAGCCGUCGCUCGGACUAAAUCUCGGGCGUUCACAUCAGCAGCAGCCCAUCGGCCAAUCACCAUUAGGUUUCAACAAUGGCCAGACUCGUCAAGGUAGCGGCAACAUAUCUAAUAUCGGUCAUGGACAAAACAAUCCUUUAGAUCAGCAAAGAUUGUUCGACGGUAUGAGUAUGUUCCACAGUCCAAGCCCGCAGCACCAUACAUCAGUGGGUAAUGGCGGAGGUGGACUAGGCUCUGUUAACAGUUCGGUCAAUAUGUCAAGCGCAAUUGAGAUGCCUCCGACCAUCGCUGUUGCCAACGGUGGCAGUCCAGCCCUUGUCAAAGAAAGCAAAACGUCGCAUCGCUCUGGACGCGAUGGCCGUGGGGGUCAUGUUACCGAUGAAGUGGUCGAAGUUCAAAUUCUGCCGCAGGACGACAACUGGGCAGACAAUACGACAUGUAUUACAGGUGCCACAUCCGAACGAUCACUUUCAGCUGAAGACAUCUCCCGGCUAGGCACCGACCGGCGUGGCCUAUCUGGAAUAUUUCUUAUUCACAUGUGGUUAGGCAGCAUCGUGGCGGCAUUUCUGUCAAUUGCAGCCUUUUUAUCGCCUCUAGGUAUGGUUCUACUACCGAAAUUACCGUUUUGGGAGCAACCGUGGAAGGUGCAGGCUUGCGGGCCAGAGUGCGAUGGUCUUCUUAACGGCUUCGCUUUCAGACUUUGCAUCCUCUUCGGUGGCUGCUGGGCGGUGUUUUUCCGUCGACCAAGGGCAACCUUGCCCCGAGUGUUUGUCUUCCGCGCCGUCAUUAUGGCUUUCACCCUUGUGGUCAUCAUCUCGUAUUGGCUUUUCUACUCGGUACGAAUAUACGAACGCCGCUACGAAGAUUUCGACCUUACCUAUUUAUCGAUUGUACAGUUUGCUCUUUCCAUGAUCGACACACUGCUCUGGGUUCAAUUGCUCGCAGUUCUCGUACUCGAGAUACGUCAUCUCCCCCCACAGUACUACGUUAAGGUUGUCCGAAGUCCCGAUGGAGCUUCGAAGAGCUACACACUAGGCGCUAUUAGUAUACAGCGAGCGGCCGUUCAUCUUCUUGAGAACUAUUACCGAGACUUCCCGGUGUACAAUCCCUUCCUUGAACAGUUACCCAGCUCAACAUCGGCCAAAAAGCAUAAUUCGCAACCGUCAUUCAAAGUCUACGACCUGAAUAGUGGCGCCAGCCAAACGUCGCAAGUGAAUGGCCAAAGUGGUGGACGGCGAACGACGGAUCGUUUAUUCGCCGAACAUGAUUAUGAGAAACGGGUUAAGAAACGCCGCGCUCGUUUGAUCACCGCAGUAGAAGAUGCAUUUACUCAUAUUAAACGCGUGAAGGAGAACCAGGAAAAUACGGGGGCAGGAGGGUUCUUGAUGGAUCCACAGGAAGCUGCUCAGGCCGUCUUUCCGUCAAUGGCGCGUGCUUUGCAGAAAUUCCUUCGAAUCACAAGGCAGCAACCUCGGCACACGAUGCAGGGCAUCCUCGAACAUCUCGCUACCUGCUUGCAUUAUGAUCUUAGUCCAAAGGCAUUCCUCGAGAAAUACUUAAAAUACGAGCCAGUUCUACAAGAUGAACGUGAGUUGGCAACGUCCAUUCAGUCAUGGGCCUUGGUCUGUGACGUUCUCUUAUCUCGACCAGUAAAGGAGGGCAUCACAUUUAUCCUUCGCCAAGGCGACGUAUCCUUGAUGGCCAGCGUUCAUAAUUUACCGCACUUCAAUAUUACAGAGGAGGUGGUCGAUCCCAAAUGUAACAAGUUCCAACUACGACUCCAAUCCGAGACGUCCGUUUAGGUUAUGACAAUGAUCAAGACAAAAACAUUUUAUAGAAAAAAAAAUUUCUAAGAAUCCAUACACGAAAAUACAAUUCCAACACUGUAUAAAAUUGUCAGCAAAAUAGGCAUAAUAAGGCUGAUGAUAAAGCUCAAGUAGCUUCAUAUGCUUCAGUCUAAAACGAAUUGUCAAAUUAUUUAAUGCAUAGUACUAAAUAGGAUGGGAAGCCGUUUACUAGAAGGAUUGGUAUCUAAUAGUAUGCCGGAAAUCCAGUGAUUAAUCAUAAUAAGUAUUCUGCAUAAAAACAAUCUUCGUUUGUUCAUACAUAGAUAGUAAUAUGUCUCGUCAGUCGGAAGGCCUAUUCCGUAUAUUUACGUUGGUUUACUACCUAAAUUCAUGACGUGACCUAUGUACAAACAGAUAACAUCGCCCAAUAUUUAGAGCUGUCCUGUUUACUUUUACUAAAUUACACCAUGUUCGUCUAAAAAAACCUGAAGGAGGAGUUGUAAGAAAGAGUUUUUGUAUUCUACAUUUUGUAGAUGAACGCCAUUGUCAAUUUUAAUUGCUACCCUCAACCAAAGCGAUUAACCGACUUAAUGAUUUAGAACUAAAGAAAAACACGACAAGCCAAUGUAGAUUGUGCAUAUAAUAAUAUACAAUAUUUGCUUCGAUGAGGUUCUGUGAACAAAGCAAAUAUUUUUUUGAACACGAACUUUGACACUAGCCAUGUUUUUGCAAUGCUACUAGACGCAUAUGCUUCUGUUACCGUGGCCGCUAUGCAAUCCAAUACAAAAAGCUUUCAGGACAUGUCUUAAUUAUUUGGUAAUUUAUAGUUUGAGAAGCUGCUCUAAAUAAAGGAGCCGCUCUUGUCGUAACUGAGUGAGGAGUUGCUAUCCUGUGUUCGUGCACGAAUUCGAAUCAAUUGUUUUCUUACUAUAAACUGGAGUUUUUUAAUAUUUUUUGUCUACUAGAUAAGGAGAAAUAAAGGAGUGACCAGAGAAAAACUGUAUUUAUAUUUAUCUGUACAGUAGCGUACUUUUAAACAAACGCUUGGUUAGGUUUAUGAUAACAAUAGUAUGUAGGAAGUGUAUGCAGAUUAAUUUAUACUUUUGUCAAAGUCAAAAGUGUGUGUGUGUCUGUUUACGUGAACGGGUAAAUUUAAGUGUUCAAGUGGUGCUAUAAUAAUUCGACUUACAUUUUCGAUUACAUCGAGAUAAAUAUAAAUAGUGAGUUUAGGUCGGUGUGUCAUUGUCUGUACACACACCUAAAAAAUGUUUUUUUACUGAUGCAAUCUUGUUUUAACGCGUCUCUAUUUGUGCACAGAACCAAGUAGGUUCUUCGUCCUGAUAAGUGAAGAAGUCAAUUAUAACUAAAUCACAAGUUUUCUUAAUCCAAUUUAACAGUUUUUUUUUUUUUUUUUUGAUAGAAUCCUUUCGUCUGAAAAGUGAGCAGCGAAUAAAAUAAAUAUUGCCAAAAAUAGCUGUGAAUUGCGGUGUGUACUUAAAAUGUUUUUUAAGAAGGCGUGGGAUAAAAAAAAUGUACAAAUCUUGCCGUACACUUGUCACUUUCUAAAUGUGAAUUCAUAAUUGACGGCUUGUCAUCGUGCCUACUAACCAUACAAUCGUGUGAAAUAUAUAUUAGCAAAGCUAUUGAAAUAAUAAAGAUUUAUUAUUCAGCCUGCAAGUAUUAGCCUGAAUAUCCUUUGUAACUGUAUGCUUUGCAUACUGUUAUUACAAUCAGCGGAAAUAUUCUCCUGAGAUCAGCCGUGCCCAAAUCAUGUAAACUUAUUAGAGGAAAUGUAAUUAUCUAUUUCUUUUACAAAUUUGGACGCAGCAUUUUAGUCGAUGAUAAUUAAAAUUUGUGAACACGCUAAAGAUCAAUAUGUUUACCCUACAUACAUAUUCAGCUGAAUUCAGCGUUAAAAUGAUAACUUGAUUUCAGUGUCGAUAGACAACUCGAAAUGACCAAUUUGCAUAUUCAUUCUGUUUCAAACAAAAGCAAUGAUUCGUUGUUCUAUGCAGGGACCAACAGAAUCUGUAUCGUAACGUUAGAGAAAACGCUAAAAUCUAGAGUUCACGUGCGAGGAUGGCUGGCACCAAAUCCUGAUAUAUCCCAGUGCGUAUAUUUGGCUGGACAAAAUAGACGACACAACUUCCACAACGACAUAUAUAACACUGUUAUGCACAUGCCCACACAUACGUACGUGCAUCUCUUGGUUGUGAAUAGCGAUGUGACGCAGUUGAUCAACAAAUUCAUGCCAAAACAGACCUUCUGAACGUCGCGUUUCCUACUUUCUUUUUUAAAUCAUAUCAUGAUUGUUUUAUAUGUAUGUGGUUCUCUUUUACUAAUAAUAUAUAAUGUUUGCUUUUGACGAACGCCUAUGUAAAAAGAACUGAACAAUCAUAAAACGCUAAUUACGAACAUUCUACAUCAGAUUUCACAACUAUAAAAAGUUUGAUUUGAAACGCGAAAUUUAAAGUAUCGGAAUGUCUAUGACAAGCGAAAUCGUUUUUUUCAUCCACGAACGAUUUGAUGAAGACUAUCUGCGGUCUCCUGGCUGAUUCAGUUAUUAUUUUAAGAGUGAUGUAAUCUAUAUAGAGGUGCAUCAGACACCCAACAACUGUGAAAUCAAUAGGUGCUAAGACUAAAAAUGAGCCAAGUUUGAUUUUUCAUCUGGCCUGGUUUGUAAGCAAGAAUGAAACGAUUACGAAGGAAUAACUGUGUAACGAUUUUCUACAAUGAGAUCACUACUGGAAUGAUGAUUAUAGACAGAUAUUGAUGAGUGACUAAUUUGUGUGCGUAACAAAGCGAUCAAAGUAUACUCUGUGUACAUUUUAUAUGAAAGACUACGCUGGUAUAACAUCGUCACAAUAAUAUAAAUAAUAAAUGCCAUGUAUUAAUGACGAACCUAUAAUUUUACAAAAUGUGUUGUCAUUUAGGUAUACUUAUUUCGGAAUUUCCGAAAAUAUAUUAGUAGUGUGU